AAAAUGUAAAAAUAUUAUCGAGGGGCGUGAGAGAGAGAGAGAGAGAGAGACUCCCGCUAACUUCCUGCUGCCCCCCUCCCUCGUUGUUGUCGUCGUCGCCGCCGCCGCCGUCACUGUCUUGUUCUCUUCCGAUGGCUGCAGCGGAUCUAACGGCUUCUCCGAUGACGUCAGUCGCCCGGGGGCGCGGCAUUGCCGCUAUUCGCCCGUCCGAUCGGUUGAGCUUAUUGCGGCUGAGCGGCGAUCCAGGCCGGCUCCGUACCGCCGGAAGCAGGAGGUCGCCCGGGAACGUCCUUAAAGUGAGGAGUGUGAAGACGAAUGACGUAAAUCGGCCGACCGGACCCGCUUCUUCUUCUGAUGGCUUUGGUUAUAUAUCAAAUUUUAGUUUUGGAAAUCAAACAAUUGAUUCAAGCUUGGAGUCUUCCAGAACCACAGAUUGUCGAAGAAAAACCAAGAUAGUGUGUACUAUUGGUCCAUCAACAAGCACACGAGAAAUGAUCUGGAAACUAGCUGAGGAGGGCAUGAAUGUUGCAAGAUUAAACAUGUCCCAUGGAGAUCAUGCAUCACACAAGAAGACAAUUGAUCUUGUUAGGGAGUACAAUGCUCAAUCGAAAGAUAAUGUGAUUGCAAUAAUGCUUGAUACAAAGGGCCCUGAGGUUAGAAGUGGAGAUGUUCCCCAACCUCUCAUGCUUAAGGCUGGCCAGGAGUUCAGUUUCACGAUAAGAAGAGGUGUCAGCUCUGAAGACACCGUCAGUGUGAAUUAUGAUGACUUUGUGAAUGAUGUAGAAGUUGGAGAUGCACUUUUGGUUGAUGGAGGUAUGAUGUCAUUAUCUGUGAAGGAAAAGACAGCAGAUACUGUUAAAUGUAAAGUUAUUGAUGGAGGCGAGCUUAAAUCAAGGCGACAUUUGAAUGUUCGUGGAAAAAGUGCAACCUUGCCAUCUAUAACAGAAAAAGACUGGGAAGACAUCAAAUUUGGGGUUGAUAAUAAAGUUGACUUUUAUGCUGUUUCUUUUGUAAAGGACGCUAAAGUGGUUCAUGAAUUGAAGGAUUACUUGAAAAGCUGUGGAUCAGAUAUUCAUGUGACAGUCAAAAUAGAAAGUGCAGAUUCCAUACCGAAUCUGCAUUCCAUAAUAUCAGCAUCUGAUGGGGCAAUGGUGGCACGUGGAGACCUAGGAGCAGAACUUCCAAUUGAGGAGGUCCCUCUACUACAGGAAGAGAUCAUCAGGAAGUGUCGUAGCAUGGGGAAACCAGUAAUAGUUGCCACCAACAUGUUGGAGAGCAUGAUAAACCAUCCAACACCAACAAGAGCUGAAGUUUCUGAUAUAGCAAUUGCAGUGAGACAAGGAGCUGAUGCUGUCAUGCUGUCUGGCGAAACUGCCCAUGGAAAAUAUCCUCUAAAAGCUGUUAAAGUCAUGCAUAGUGUGGCUUUAAGGACUGAGUUAUCUACUUUUGGUGCAACAAUCUCUUCAAACUCUGCUACGUCAGCCAAGGGUGACAUGAGUUCAAUGUUUGCUUAUCACACAACUACAAUGGCGAACACUCUUGGGACUCCCAUACUUGUUUUCACAAGAACUGGAUCCAUGGCCACACUGUUAAGCCAUUAUAGACCUUCUUCUACAGUUUUUGCUUUCACAAAUCAGGAAAGGGUGAAGCAGAGGCUGGCACUCUAUCAUGGAAUCCUCCCGAUAUACAUGGACUUCUCAGAUGAUGCAGAAGAAACAUUUUCCAGGGCACUCUCUGUCUUGGUGACCCACAGUCUGUUGAAAGCAGGUUCUCAGGUCACUCUUGUGCAGAGUGGGACUCAGCCGAUCUGGCGUGAAGAAUCCACACAUCAUAUUCAAGUUAGGAAAGUACAAGGAUGACAGUAUGGUUCGAUCUAGUUUUUAUUUUUUAUAUUUAUAAUAUAUCAUUUGCUUAUUCAAAUAUCCUAAUGUGGUUGAAAAAAUUAGUUUAUGACAGUUUUUUCUUGUCAUUAUUGUUUUUUUGGUUGUAAUAAUAAUGUUCUGGAUGGGGAAAAGAAGCUAGUGAAUUAGCUCCGCAGCCUGGACAAAACUGUUUUUGUUUGUAUGCAUAGACAGCGCAAGUCAAAUAUGCAUAUGAACCCAUUAAUUUUUCUCUUA